GCACAAGUUAGCUGAAAUUUCUGUGAAUAAAGGUAUAAUAAAUGUAGCAGUAAGGGAGGAAGAUGUUGCCCGUAAUAAGCUGGGCUUGAGCUUCUGAAAACGAAGAGAGGAGGAAGGACCAGCAUUCCUCCCUGCUUCGGGGUGAGAAGAAGCUUAUAUUUUAUGCACACAUCUUCUUACUCGAUUCUGAUAACCCAAGGUUUAGAUGAUCACAUCAUCGAGAAGAGGGAGAAUAAGAACCUUACAAGAAGAGCCUUGUGCAGCAACAUCUCAUUUGUUUAUUGUUAGCGUCAAUCAAGCCAUCCUUCUCUUCUUUUGAUGAUAGUAGCAGGGACAUGUCCGAAGACGAAGUGAGCUUCUCUGGCUGUCUCCUCCUCCUGCUCUCCUUAAUUCUCAUCACAGGUCGAGCAAUCGCCGGUGCGACCGACAGGGAGGUGCUGCUCGCUCUGAAAGACUACCUCGAAGCCAACAACCCCAUCUACCGAGGCGCAUAUGCUCGGUGGAAUGCGUCCGACUCUUCCCCUUGUAAUUGGCCCGGCAUCACCUGCACCGGCGCCGGCCGCGUCAAUGGCGUUUAUCUUGCAGAGUCCAACAUAUCUAGUGAAAUCUUCUCCAACUUCUCGCUGCUCACGGAGCUCACCCACCUUGACCUCUCUGCCAACGCCAUCGGCGGCUUCGUUCCCGCCGACCUCAACAGGUGCAGCGGACUCGAGUACCUAAACCUCUCCAGCAACAUCAUCGGUGGGGAGCUCAACUUGACCGGCCUCACCAAUCUGGUGACGCUCGACCUCACGUGCAACCGCUUCAAUGGCAGCAUCCGUGCCAACUUCCCCGCUAUGUGCGCCAAUCUGGUUAGCUUGAACAUUUCGACAAAUAGCUUCGGGGGCGACAUCACCGAGUGCUUCGACCAGUGCCCCAAACUCAAGUACCUCGACCUGAGCUCCAACCACUUCGUCGGAGGCAUAUGGCCAGGCUUCCCGAGCCUCCGGCAACUCUUGAUCUCCGAGAACAGCUUCACCGGAGAGUUUCUGCCGAGCACAUUUGCCUCCGGCUGCGACCUCGAAAGCUUGGACCUUGCCAGGAACAGCUUCUCCGGCACGUUCCCCAGCUCGAUCGCCAAUUGCUCGAAGCUAACAUCUCUCAACCUGUGGGGCAACGCGUUCACCGGAGCGGUUCCCUCCGGUAUUGGUUCGCUUUCGGAACUCAGCGCGCUCAACCUGGGGAAUAACUCGUUCGACCGGAAUAUACCUGAGGAGCUGCUGAACUGCUCCAAGUUGGUGUUUCUUGACUUCAGCAACAAUACCUUCGGCGGCGACAUCCAAGAAAUCUUCGGCCGGUUCGUGACGCUCAACUAUCUAAUCCUUCGUGGGAAUCAGUACACCGGAGGCAUUCUAUCAUCGGGAAUUCUCAAGCUUCGAAGUCUCAUGAGAUUGGACUUGAGCACGAACAGGUUUUCCGGCAAUCUCCCGGUCGAGAUCACGACGAUGCCGAAGCUAAAGAUGUUGAUUCUUGCCUAUGAUGGGUUCUCCGGCUGCAUUCCGCCGGAGUUCGGCAGAAUGGCGGGGCUUCAGUUGCUGGAUCUUUCGUACAACAAGCUCACUGGCUCGAUCCCUCCAGCGAUCGGAAACUUGACAUCGCUCCUGUGGUUGAUGCUCGCCAGCAAUGAUCUUACCGGCGAGAUCCCGCCGGAGAUCGGCAACUGCAGCAGCUUGCUGUGGUUGAACCUUGCCAAUAACCAGCUUUCCGGCGGGAUCCCGCCGGAGAUAUCGGCGAUCGGGAGGAAUCCGGCCCCGACGUUCGAGGCCAAUCGCCGUGAGAUCCGCGGUGUCGCCCCCGGAUCCGGCGAUUGCCUCACCAUGAACCGAUGGAUACCCGCGAGCUACCCGCCGUUCAACUUCAUCUACACGCAGAUGACGAGGCAGAGCUGCCGAACUACUUGGGACCGCCUCCUGAAGGGCUACGGGAUCUUCCCGAUCUGCUCCAACUCCUCGUCGCAAGUCCGAUCCCUAGCGAUCUCCGGCUACCUCCAGCUCUCCGGCAACCGGCUCUCGGGCGGGAUACCACCGGAGAUCGGCCGGAUGAGGAACCUCAGCCUGAUCCAUCUCGACGCCAACCACCUUUCCGGUCGCCUCCCGCCGGAGAUCGGCGGGCUCCCGCUUGUCAUCCUCAACGUCUCCGACAACCGUCUGUCCGGCGAGAUCCCGAUGGAGAUCGGCGGCCUGCGAUGCCUCACGAGCCUCGACCUCUCCAGGAACAACUUUUCCGGCGAGCUUCCACCGAGCCUGAGUGGCCUCUCCGAGCUCAACAAAUUCAACGUGUCCUACAACCCCCUCGUCUCCGGCACGGUGCCGGUCACCGGUCAGAUCGCCACCUUCGACCGCGACAGCUUCUUGGGAGAUCCCCUCAUCGGCUUCCCCUCCUUGUCGGGCCGCGGUGCUCCGCCGCCAUCCGGGGACGGCGGUGCAUCCGGCGGGCACGGGCGGUGGACGACGGUGGCGUUCUGGGUGCUCAUCGCGCUCACCUCGAUCUUCGUCGCGUGCGGUGCUCUCUCCUUUGCGGUCUUCCGUCUCCGGGGGCCCCACUCCGCGGUGGACCCCGACCCGGAGGAGCUGCUAUCGGACGGCGUUAAGCGUCGGAGCGACGCGGCGAUGUCGGUCUACUCCUCGUCGUCGGAUGGAGUGGGGGUGAGGGUGUUCCGGCUGGACAACGGGGAGGCAGAGUUGGCGUUCACGUACGGCGACAUCUUGGCAGCGACGGGAAACUUCGACGAGAGGAGUGUGGUGGGGCGGGGCGGGUGCGGGGUAGUGUACCGGGGGGUGCUGCAGGACGGCCGGUGCGUGGCGGUGAAGAAGAUGCAGCGGCGGAGGGGGAAGGGCGAGAUGAGGGAGGGGGAGGACGCGGGGGAGCGGGAGUUCCAGGCGGAGAUGGAGGUGAUGGCAGGCGCGCGGGGCCGGGGCCACCCCAACCUGGUGAGGCUGUAUGGUUGGUGCCUGGCGGGGGAGGCGGCGGUGCUGGUCUACGAGUACAUGAGGGGGGGCAGCCUGGAGGAGGUUAUCGAGGACUGGGGGCGGUUCGGGUGGCAGCGGCGGCUCGGGGCAGCGACGGGGGUGGCGCGGGCGCUGGCGUUCCUCCACCACGAGUGCGUCCCCGCGGUGGUGCACCGGGACGUGAAGGCCAGCAACGUGAUGCUGGACGCGUGGGGACGGGCGCGGGUGACGGACUUCGGCCUGGCCCGCUCCGUGGGGGCCGGGGAGAGCCACGUCAGCACAGUUGUGGCCGGUACGGUAGGGUACGUGGCGCCGGAGUACGGGCAGACGUGGAGGGCGACGACGCGAGGCGACGUGUACAGCUACGGGGUGCUGGCCAUGGAGAUGGCCACGGGGCGCCGGGCGAUAGACGGCGGGGAGGAGUGCCUGGUGGAGCGGGUGAGGCGGGCGGCGGAGGCCGAGGGGGGGCUGCGGGCGGGGGAGGAAGAGGGCGCGGCGGAGAUGCUGGCCCUGCUGACGGUGGGGCUGAGGUGCACGGCGGAUGCGCCGCACGCGAGGCCGGGCAUGAUGGAGGUGCUGGCCGAGCUGCUGAGCAUAGCCGACAGGAACGGCGGCGCAAGCGAGACCAACACUCCUUGUUGGUCUCAGCAGAGCCGCAGCACAUCUCCUUCCUCCGUGCAGAGCUACUGGGAAGGAUAUUUUUGACAAUUACCAAGCAGUUGUGGUUAUGAAAAAGUCCUUUCUCCUCUUCGGAAUGAUCGGUGUACAGACAAUACACGCACUGCACCACAUCAAAAUUGAAAUGAUUAGCGUCCUUAUACAACA